AUGAUUAGUGAUUUGGCUAACAAGAAGGUGGUACUAAUCACCGGUUGUGCCAAAGGUGGCAUUGGCUAUGAGUAUUGCAAGGCUUUUGCCGGCCUUGGUUGUCAAGUCAUCGGCACCGACAUCCCCGGCAGGCUCAAUGAACUCUCCGACCUUGAAUUAGACGGUAUUCAGGUCUUACCGCUAGAUGUAUUGUCAGACGAUAGUGUAAUGACUACGGUGACAAAAAUUAUAUUAGAGUUUGGGCGUGUUGAUGUGUUGAUAAAUAAUGCCGGUAUCGGUUGCAUAGGACCGAUAUCGGAGUUACCUCUUGAAGAAGUACGACGAACUUGGGAAGUGAAUAGUUUAGGUCAGCUUCGGCUUGUUCAAGCCGUGACACCUCACAUGAUCAAGUCCAAAUUCGGUCGGAUCGCUAAUGUUGGGAGCAUAGUAGGUCUAGUCCCUACACCAUGGGCCGGGCCUUAUUGUGCUUCUAAGGCUUGGGCCCAUGCCAUGUCAGAUGUGUUAAGGAUGGAGCUUAAACCUUUUGGAGUCCACGUCAUCAAAGUUAUGCCAGGAAUGGUUCGGUCCAAUUUCGGCCGGUCUAGUUCAGACCGGCUCAAUUCAAGAGAGUGGAAGCUUUAUAAAGAGUUCGAGGAGGUGAUUCAAGAAAGAGCUAAGGCAUCCCAAGGUGGCCGGGCGGCAAAAGCAGCGGAGGUGGCCAAGGUGGUUGCUAGCAAAGUGUUACAGCCUCGGCCACCACGUGAAAUCAUCGUCGGUGGCUUUACCGGUUUUCUUGGUCUAUUGGCUUGGUCACCCGGUCCGGUUCGAGAUUUUUAUUUUGCUAAUCGACAAGCAGCCAAAGCAGAGAAGAGACAUCAACCUGAGCUGGUGUUUCUGAGAAACUUUCCAGCUGAGCACAGGGAGUUGUUGGUAGUGGUUAAUGCUGCUUCCUUUCCCUUGUCCAUCUCCUUCAGGUAA